AUGGACCUAAACCUAAAAACCCCAGCCAAUCCAUUUUCAAUAUCAAGUCUUCUCGAACAAUCAACUUCGGAACCUGAAAAAGCAUCGAGAGAAGAAUCGCCGACAGGCAGUGAGAUCUCAAGUUCGGAGGAGAAGUUCAAGAAUUUAUUGCAAUCCGGUUCAAAAUUUCAAUGGCCUUAUGUGGAGCUGACACAUCAGAUUGUGAAUUUGAAUCAUAAUAAUAAGAAUACGAUGCCUCAGAUUCCAAUGUUGAAUGGUGAGUAGUACUGUAGGGGUACUGUAGAUUAUUGAUUUUGGAAGUUGAGGAGCCUCUAGAAGUAUUAUAUUCAUUAAAUUUUUCGUCAAAGAUACUGUAGAUCAAAAUAAUUGAUUUUUCCCGAUUUUCGAAAAUCUGAAUUUCGAAAUUCCCCAAAAUUCCUAUGACAUUAUUUCCAGAACUGAAAAAAACAGGAUAAAAAAUGAUUCAGGCGAAAAAUGUGUACACAUUUGUAUUUUCCAGAGAAUUAAUUUCGUGAUUAUCCGGGCUUUUUCUUAUAGUAAGAUUGCUUACGAUAAUAUUUCUCGUAUGAUCAGAUUAACCUAGGCAUUUUCCUGAUCUUCUUUUUUGUAGAUCACUUUGAAGCUUUCUGAAGCCUUCUGGAUUCUUCUGAAGCUUUCUGAAGCCCCCUUAAGCCUUUUGAAGCCUUCUGAAGCCCCCUGAAUCCCUGAAAUCCAUUAAUUUUUUCUCAAAAAUAAAAAUUAGUCUAUGAAUUCUCCCUUCUUACGUAAAAACGUUUCCGGAACAUUUCUCAAAACAAAUCGGAUUAAAAUUUUAAAAAUGACCUUUUCAAGGUUUCAUUUUUUCUCAAGAGAGCACAUUGCUUUGAUUUGAUCUCAGAUUAGGAAUUUUGGAAUUUAUCGAAAAUUUCAAUUUGGCAAAGUGCUUUUUAAAUCUCGAGAACGAAAAAAAAAUUGAACUUCUUCGUCUAAAUCCAAAGGCGGAUCAACGUCAUGAAUCUAAAUCUGUCAGAAUGAAUCCAGAAAUAACAUUUUUUGAGAUUAUAUUUUUAAUUCAUAUGAUAUUAUUCAUACAUAUGUAUAUAAAGUUUUUCUAGUCAUGACUAACAAAGUCAGAAGUGUUCUGACAUCAGAUAUUUUAAGAAAAAAAUAUAUAUAUGAACUCUGAGAUCCAGAAAAUCAUAAAAAUCGAUCUGAAAAAAAUUCCAGCUUUAAAAAAAUCAAGCUCAGGCUUGGGCUACCUUGAGAUCUAGCUUCCGAAGGUUUCCGAUGGCGUCUGAAGGCUUCUGAAGGCUUCUGAAGGCUUCUGAAGGCUUCCCAAAGAUUCCGAACUUCAAUUUUUUCAAAAAAUUCAACUAUUCAUUAAAUCCACUAAUUUUCCCACACUAAAAAAUUCUCUUCCUCAACGCAAAAAAAUACAUAUUAAUAAUUUUCACGUAAAUAAACACAAAUUACUUAUAUCACACACACAGUUCUAACCCCUAAUUAGGCUAAAUCUAGUAUUUGUAUAGCUACUUGUUUUAUGUAAUGUACACAAAUAUUUAGUUUUCUCAUCGUUUUUACCUCUAAUUAUACACAAAAGCGUAUAAUUAGAUUAGAUUAGUGACAAAAGACAACAAGAAGAUUAGAGAGGUUAAUCUUUUUUUGUGAAAAUUUGAAAUAUAUGGGAAGCCUGAGAGGCCCAAGCCUAGUUAGCCUAAGAAGCCUGGAGAACCUUUGGGAACCCAUAGGAAUUUUUAAGAAUACUUCAGAAGCCUUCAGAUGGUUUAAAAAGACUUUAGAAGGUUUCAGAAGCCUUCAAAAGCAUCCAGAUUUCGAAAAAAAAUUCUGAAAAUUCUAGAAUUCUGGCCUAGAAAUCCUUCUGAAUCCCUGAAAUUCAAUGUUUUUUUUUCCAGUGAGUCCACAAUACAUGGAUCCUCGAAUAUCGUGGCUCUACCCAUACAUGAGUAAAUCACCGCAAAAACGAAAAGGCGGACAAAUCAGGUACAUUUGAACCCGCGCCGAGAGUUCAACAAAUCAAUUUUUAGAUUCACCAAUGAGCAAACCGACGCGUUGGAGCACAAAUUCGAUUCGCACAAAUACCUGAGUCCACAGGAGCGCAAAAAACUCGCAAAAUCGUUGAGCUUAACAGAGAGACAGGUAAUUAAUUGGGGAAGGGGGCGAAAAAUAGCGGGAAAAAGAAUUUCAAAUUCUUCCGAUUGGCUGGGCUUGAGUAAACAAAGCAUUGUAUAACAAUGUGUUAUGGGAAAUUGGAGAAGCGAUGAAAAAUACCGUAGUUUUUUUUUAUUCUUCCUCUGCGUCUCUAACAUAUUGAAACACUGUUUUCCAUCAUGAGAAAACUGACUUUGCUUCUCUAAAUCUCUAGUUUCCUAUGAGCAUAUUUUUAAAAUCUAGUUUUUAGCAUGGGAAACAUUUUUCAGCUUCUUUGAAUCCUCUGCGUCUCUAACACUAUUUUUUCUACUUGCUCUAGUUUCUCUAAUAAAUAAUUGCGAGGAAGAAGAAGACUCUGCGUCUCCAGGUUCUCUAGGCUCUCUAGCCUCUCUAGCCUCUCUAGCCUCUCUAGGCUCUCUAGGCUCUCUAGGCUCUCUAGGCUCUCUAGCCAUGUUUUCUGAUAUUUGGCAGAUGUUGUUUAUGCUUCUCCGUUUUGUUAAUUUCCUCUGCGUCUCUGACAAUUCUAGCUUCUCUAACUUCUCUAGAUCCUCGUAAAUUUUCAGCCAAAAAAAACCUGGUCACCCAAAUCUGAACAAUUCAAAAAAAAAUCCUAUUUCUGUCCUCUUCGAUCAACGAUUAAUUAUAGUCCAAGAGAACUACACAAAUUUCCCCUUUUUUUCUCCGAUUUUCACACGUUUUUUGUGUUUUCUUCGCAUUGUUUCAAACGAAAAUGUCGAGUUUCUUUUCUUCGAAUUUUGUCUACGUAGGUGGCUGUAAUUAGAGCGCGCGACAAAAUAGUUUUACGCCAUUUUUCGAGAGAGAGAAAUAAUGUAACAUCAGUUCAGAGAAGUCAAAUUUUGGUCAAACUAGAUAUAUUUUGAGAAAAAAAAGUCAGAGACGCAGAGGGAAUUUUAAAGAGCCCAGAGAGCCCAGAGAGCCUAGAAAAAAUUCAAAAUUUUCCAGGUUAAAACAUGGUUCCAAAAUCGUCGCGCAAAAUGGCGCCGCGUUCGAAAAGACGGUGAAGACGAAGAUGAAAUGCCAAACGGAGCAUCGGCUCGAAAUUUGUCGGUUGCUCAAAUACCGUACCCUAGCUUUACCUGA